UGUACGUACACGUCAUCUACGUCAUUCUAUGUAGAUUCAAUGAAAUAGCAAUUGCUUGGUGUGAGAGGAGGUUAUUAUAAACAUGGUGACAUUAAGAGAAAAACAGAUAGGUGCAUUGAAACAAAUGCUGAAUCUUAAUCAGCCACAGACUAAAACAUUAGCAGGAGAACCAGUGUGGAAGAUAUUAAUUUAUGAUCGCUGUGGUCAAGAUAUUAUAUCUCCAUUGGUUUCAAUUAAAGAGCUGCGAGAACUGGGAGUAACAUUACACGUACAACUUCAUUCAGACCGAGAUCCAAUCCCUGAUGUCCCAGCAGUGUAUUUCUGUCUUCCAACAGAAGAAAAUUUGGGUCGUAUUGGACAGGACUUACAGAAUAAUCUGUAUGAUACUUACCAUCUAAAUUUCAUCUCUCCCAUAUCAAGACAGAGGCUUGAAGAUUUGGCAGCUGCAGCACUGCAAGCAAAUUGUGUGUCACAGAUACAGAAGGUUUUUGAUCAGUACCUGAAUUUCAUUUCCUUGGAGGAUGAUAUGUUUAUCCUGAAACAUCAAAAUAGUGAAGCCAUCUCAUAUUAUGCAAUAAACCGGGGUGAAAUUAAGGACACAGAAAUGGAGACCAUUAUGGACACAAUAGUUGACAGCUUAUUCUCAGUAUUUGCAACAUUAGGUACUGUUCCGGUGAUUAGGAGUCCUCGUGGUAAUGCUGCUGAGAUGGUUGCAGAGAAACUGGACAAAAAAUUACGUGAGAAUCUGAGAGACACUCGUAACAGCCUGUUCCUCAUGGAUGCUGCAUCUCAAAGUGGGGGGCAUUUUAAUUUUCAGCGGCCAGUACUUAUUGUCCUGGAUCGCAAUGUUGAUAUGGCAACACCCCUUCAUCACACAUGGACAUACCAGGCAUUAGCACAUGAUGUUUUGGAUUUGACUCUUAAUCGAGUAGUGGUUGAAGAGAAUGUAGGUCGUUCUCCAGCCGGUGGUGCCAAAAUGAAAACUCGUGCCUGUGACCUGGAUUCACGAGACAGGUUCUGGAUGGCCCACAAAGGUAGUCCAUUUCCCACUGUAGCAGAAGCUAUACAGGAAGAGUUGGAACAGUACAGAUCAUCAGAAGAGGAAGUGAAGAGACUGAAAGCAUCAAUGGGGAUUGACAAUGAGAGUGAUGCAGCAUUUUCCAUGGUAACAGACAACACUGCUCGUCUCACAUCAGCUGUCAAUUCUCUGCCUCAGCUUCUCGAUAAGAAGAGACUUAUUGACAUGCAUACGACUGUUGCAUCUGCAAUCCUGAAUUAUAUCAAAUCUCGUAGACUGGACACACUGUUUGAGUUUGAGGAGAAGGUGAUGAGUAAAGCUGCCAACCUGGACCGCAGCAUCAUGGAGCUUCUAACAGAUUCAGAUGCUGGUAACCCAGAAGACAAGAUGAGACUGUUUCUAAUUUUCUAUAUAUGUUCACAUUCUGUGUCAAAGGAUGAGCUCGACCGCUAUGCUACUGCUCUGCAAAAUGCUGGUUGUGACCUUCAACCACUGUCUUAUAUCAAGAGGUGGAAAGCAUAUGCCAAGAUGGCGGCAUCAUCAAACCAGUAUGUUGGAGGUGGAACCAAGACAGUCGGAAUGUUCUCAAAGCUGGUUUCUCAGGGUUCAUCCUUUGUUAUGGAGGGGGUAAAGAACUUGGUUAUCAAGAGACAUAAUUUACCAGUGACAAGAAUUGUUGAUGAAAUAAUGGAAAUGAAGACUUCACAAGAAACAGAGGAUUAUCGAUAUUUUGAUCCCAAACAGCUGCGAGUAACAGACAGUUCCCAGAUUCCCCGCAACCGGACUCCAUUCCAAGAAGCUAUUGUAUUCAUGGUUGGUGGUGGAAAUUACAUUGAAUAUCAAAAUCUGGUUGAUUAUACGAAGGGAAAAGCCGGUGGACCAACCAGUAAGAGAGUUAUUUAUGGUGCAUCGACAUUAAAUAAUGCAAAACAAUUCCUUCAGCAACUCUCUCUGUUGGGGCAAGAACUUCAAUGACUUGAGCAUCAGCUAUGUGUAAAGAUAAUGUAUUCUAAGGGAACUGCAUUAAAAGAAAUGUGUACAGCCCAAGAAAUGUAAUGUUGUCAACUUGAGAGUCCUAUCAUAAUAUCACAUGAUGUUACUGCCUGAAAUAUAAGUAAGGUUUGUUGCUGUAGUGUCAGAGGCAUGUGAACAUUCCAAAUGUAACAUGGAAGAAUACAGUACUUUGUUAUUCAUUACAGACAUUAGUCAUAGUAGGCAUUAAACGCUAGUGACACAAACCGUGCUCACAAUGAGAUUCUUGUUAAUAUUUAAUUCAAGAACUGCUGCAUUUUGUCUAUGUCCCAAAGUUGAAAUAAUUAAAUAAUGGUUACAGCAGUUGUUUUGCCAAUAUUUCCAUUUACUUGUAAAACAGUCCAAGAAAAAACUUGACUUGAAAGUAUUUUAACCUCAUAGAGAUAAAACAAAAAGAGAAAAAUCAUUGGCAAAUUUCUCUUCUUAUACUUUUGUUAUGGUUAGAGUAGACUUGAUUUAUAGCUUGGAGAAUACACAUAUAAAUACAUAUAUAGUUUGGCAGGGACAGUGAGAAGGCCAAGAAGAAGGUGUGAGGAUAAUGUUCACGUACUCCUUAGAUAAAUACAUUUUGGUAGCACGAACUGAACUUUAUAGUCUGGUAAGUACGAAUGUUUCGGGUGAAUGAUGAGAAAAGCCAAAUGUGUGUAUUUGGGAAAUUCCCAUCUUUUUUUCUCUUACCUACGUAACAGCAAAAAUUAAAUCAACUGUUAUCCUGUGUUUU